AUGCUUUACUACUCAGGCUUAACCGAUCGAAUUGGUGACGUUGAUCAGGGAGAUACAGUAAUGGAUUAUUUACCAGCUGAACGUGAUCGUGGAAUUACAAUUACAUCGGCUGCUAUUACUUUUCAUUGGAGAGAUCAUAAAAUUAAUUUGAUUGAUACACCAGGCCAUGCCGAUUUUACUUUUGAGGUCAUUAGGUCUCUCCGUGUUUUAGAUGGUGCUGUUACUAUUCUAGACGGUGUAGCUGGUGUUGAAGCACAAACUGAAAAAGUUUGGAAGCAAGCUUCAGAAAUGGAAAUCCCUAGAAUUGUAUAUGUCAACAAGAUGGAUCGUGAAAGUGCAGGUUUUGGUCGUACAGUAAAAGAAAUUGUGUCGAAAUUAAAUACUCAGGUUGCAAUUAUAAAUUUUCCUUUUUUUGAAAAUGGAAAAGUCAACUCCGAAGGCAAGUUUCAAGGAAUUGUUGAUGUUAUUGAGAAAAAGAUAAUUAAAUGGUCUGAGGGGUCAGAUGGUAAAAACAUUCAAGUUUUAGACAUCACAGAAUACAAUGAAGUUGCUUUAGAAUGUGAAAAAGCACGAACCGCCUUAAUAGAAACACUCACUGAGCUAGAUGACAAUUUAGUUGAACAUUAUCUUGAAAUUGGAAGCUAUAUGGAUGUCUCACCAAAUGAAAUAAAAAAGGCUUUAAGAAAGGCUUGCUUAAACAAAAAAAUUGUUCCGGUAUUAUGUGGUGCUAGUUUUAAAAAUAUAGGUGUUCAACCUUUGUUAGAGGCUGUUAUUGAUUAUCUACCAUCUCCCAUUGAAAGACCUCCUCCUAAAGCAAUUACUUUAAAUCAAAAUAAAAAUGCCAAAAAAACAGCUACUCCUUAUGAAACACAAAUUACCAUAGAUCCAAGCAACAAAAAUCUUACAUCAGCUCUUGCUUUUAAAGUUGUUCAUGAUAAUAAGAAAGGAAUGAUGGUUUACGUCAGAGUUUACUCCGGAACAUUACACCAUAAUAGUAUUGUUCUUAAUUCAACUACCGGCAAACGCGAGCGCAUAAUGAAACUUUAUCAAAUGCAUGCAAAUCUACCAAUUGAAACUACCUCUAUUGAAGCAGGCAAUAUAGGCGUAAUUGUUGGUACAAAAGAAAUUAGAACGGGUGAUACCAUUGUUGCCCAUGGCUUGAAAAGAGACGGUGUUAAGUCAUUAUCUAAAGCCGAAUCACAUCUUCAACUUCAUCCAAUCAAGAUACCUCCUCCUGUUUUUUUCUCUAGUAUAGACCCUUUAACUUUGGCUGACACUAAAAAUAUGGAAGAGGCUCUUGUAGUUUUACUUACAGAAGAUCCAAGCCUUCAUGUUAUGUAUGACGAGGAUUCUGGUCAAACAAUGUUAUCUGGAAUGGGUGAGCUUCAUUUAGAAAUUGCCAAAGAUAGACUUGUCAAAGAUUUAAAAGCUAAAGUCGAGGUAGGAAAAAUUAUGGUUUCAUAUAAAGAAACUAUAAUUGAUUCAACCAAAACUUGUACACAAUUGGCGACAUUGUCUACUCAAACUGAUGAAACUGGACCAUCAACUGCUACUGUAUCACUGUUAGUUGAACCGGCUGAUUCAGAUAUUUCAUUAGGUGCUGAGAUCAUAUCCCGAGAUAACAUCUAUGUUUCAUACCCUGAGCACUUGCCUGAGAAUUUUUUAAUACCUUCAAAGGACAUCUUAAGAUCAGUAAAUCGUGGAAUUGUUCCGGGAAUUGCUAAAGGAGGGUUAAAAUCACAUUUGCCACUUCACUCUCUACAUGUUAAAGUUUCAAAUAUUUCUAUCCCUCCUGAUAUAACAAACCCAUCAGCAAUAUCUUUGGCUACAAGAUUAGCCAUUGAAGAAGCUUUACAAUCUAUCAAAGUUGAAUCAUAUUGUAUACUAGAACCAAUUAUGGAUGUUAAAGUUAUGGUAGCUGAAGAAGAUGUGGGAACAGUCGUUAAUGACUUAUCUAGUAAUCGCCGCGGCUCAAUAAUUUCUUUAAAAGACAGCGAAGACUUCUUUCAGGAAAAUACAAAUGAUAUUAACUAUAGAGAUUUGGCAAAUUCUAUAUAUACACCUCCGGACUUUACUAUGUAUAUGUCAAAGCAUGGCGAUAGAGCCAGAUCAUCUCAAAGUAUAAUAAAGGCACAAGUUCCAUUAGAACAAAUGAUUGGAUAUCUUAAUUACCUUAGGAGUCUUACAAAAGGAAGAGGCACUUUUACUAUGGAUUUCCACUCUUAUCAAAAAGCACCCACGACUGUUGAUUUUAAUAGGUAG